CGUAAACGGCACGUAAUUUGAGAAAGUAAAAUAAAGAAUUUGCAAUAUAUAAAUAUUAUAACAAUAUGUCGAAAGUGAAUACAUUAUAUAAUUAUUUUACAUCGCCUAAAACUCCUAAAACACCUAAACAAUCAAAUAAUAAACAGAUAUCUGAUGAAAAACCUACAACACCGAAAAGAGCAAGGGGACAAUUGAACAAAGUUAAAAUUCCAAGUAAAGGGAAAGAAAAUAAGAAUCUUGAAGAUAGAAAAAGAAUAUACAAAGAUGAUGAAGAAGAAAAGGAAGAAAAUGAACCAAUUCAAACAAAAAAACGAAGACUAAUUAUUCCUGAUGAAGAAUCUGGAGAAGAUUCUGGAGAUGAAUUUAAGCCUGACCUAGAUGAUGAAUCAGAAGAAUCAGAUUCAGGAUCUGAAGGAGUUAGUGAAAGUGAACCACCAACCGCAAGUGAAGAAGAAACUCCAGAGAAAAAACGGAAACUUAUUAAUUCUGUUGGAAGAAAACCACAAAAAGGUGCAAAGAAAAAUUUCAAAGAAGAUAAAAAAGAAUCAAAACUUCAACAACAAAGUCAAUCCCAAGGUUCAAAUAAUGUUAUAGAUUCUUGGCCACAUUUAAAGUAUGAUUUUCUUCAACCAAAUAAAAUACGAGAUAUUAAUAAAAAAUCGCCAAAAGAUUCAGAUUAUGAUCCUAAAACUCUAUAUGUUCCUUUGGAUUUUUUAAAUCAACAAACUCCAGCUAUGAGACAGUGGUGGGAAUUGAAAAGUAAACAUUUUGAUUGUGUUCUUUUCUUUAAGCUAGGAAAAUUUUAUGAAUUAUAUCAUAUGGAUGCUGUAAUAGGCGUUAAUGAACUUCAUCUUACCUAUAUGAGAGGAGAAUUUGCACAUUCGGGAUUUCCUGAAAUUGGAUAUGGCCGUUUCUCAGCGAGUCUCAUAGAAAGAGGAUACAAAGUGGCAAGAGUAGAACAAACGGAAAAUCCAGAUAUGAUGGCACAACGCGUUAGCAAUAUGAUUAGACCAACAAAAUUUGAUAAAGUAGUUAAAAGAGAAAUUUGCCAAAUAACUUCUAAAGGUACAAGAGUGUACACUCCACAAGAUAUAGAACCAUCUACACCGAAUUCUAAUUAUUUAUUAUCAGUGAUUGAAAAAUGCCCAUCUGGUUCUAACAUAUCUCAUUAUGGAGUUUGUUUCUUAGACACUACAAUAGGAGAUUUUUAUCUUGGUCAAUUUGAAGAUGAUCGAUGUAAUUCUAGAUUAUUAACUUUACUCGCUCAUUAUCCUCCAGUUCAUGUUGUUUAUGAACGUGGUAAUUUGUCUCAAAGAACGUUACAAAUUUUUAACAAUAAUUUAGCAGCAUGUAUUAAAGAAUCACUUUUACGCGAAUCUCAAUUUUGGUCAUCUUCGACUACAUUAAAAAAUCUUCAUGAAGGAGAUUAUUUUAAAAAAUCAGAUUCUGAGUUUCAAUGGCCUACAGGCUUACAAUCAUUUCUUAAUAAAAAUGAUAGUUUAGGUUUAACCCCUGCUGAAGAUAAAGAAUUAGCAGUACAUGCUUUAGGUGGAUGUGCAUAUUUACUUAAAGAAUAUCUGCUUGAACAACAAUUAUUGGCACAAGGACGUUUUAAAACAUAUGUUCCUCCAGAUUUUUCAAAUAAAACAUUUGAAACUUCCAAAUUUGCAAAUAAUAUGGUUUUAGAUGCUAUCACGAUUAAUAAUUUGAGAAUUUUCGGGGAAGGUUCUCUUAUAAAAACGCUAGAUCGUUGUUGUACCGCAUUUGGAAAAAGAUUGUUACGAGAAUGGAUUUGUAGACCAUCUUGCCGAAAAAAUGUUAUAAUUGAACGUCAAGAAGCUAUACAAGAAUUAAUAGAUCAUUCAGAAAUAGUACAAACUACUCGUAGUAUAUUAGCAGGGCUUCCUGAUCUUGAAAGAUUAUUGAGCAAGAUUCAUGCUCAAGGAAAUCCGGCAAAACAAAAUAAUCAUCCUGAUGGCAGAGCUAUCAUGUUUGAGGGGCAAACGUAUUCAAAGAAAAGAAUUAUAGAUUUUAUUACUACUUUGAAUGGUUUUGAAGAUGUCUUAAAAGUAAUUGCUUUAUUUGAAGAUUUCUGUAGCACUUUAAUAAGCAAAUGUACUAAAGUGGAACCAGAUGGUGAAUUUCCUUCAUUAAGAGAAUCUUUAGAUUAUUUUAAGACUGCAUUCGACCAUGAAGAAGCCAAAAAAGUAGGUUGUAUUGUUCCAAAGAAAGGAGUCGAUUGUGAAUAUGAUUCCGUUUUAAUGGAACUUGAGGAAAUAAAAAAAGAUUCAGAACAAUAUCUUGAAAAGCAAAAAAAACACUUUGGGGUAAAAAUCACGUUUCAUGGUUCGGAUAAAAAACGUUAUCAGAUCGAGAUUCCAGAUUCUCAAACGAAAAAAGUUGGUGCUGGAUUUGAACUUCAAUCACAAAGAAAAGGAUACAAACGUUAUUAUACUGCAGAGUCAAAGGAACUUUUAAAUCGACAAAUAAAUGCCGAAGAGCAUAGAGAUAAAGUAUUGAAGGAUUUAAAUAGAAGAAUAUUUGCACAAUUUAGCGAAAAAUAUGAUAUGUGGAGUAUGGCAGUUUAUAAAUUGUCUGUUUUAGAUGUUCUUAUUUCUUUAACAGAAUACGCUCUCAGUGGUGAUAUGUGUGUACCGGAAAUUAAUGAUGGUACAAAUGAAAAGAUAUUUAUUGAUAUUCGAGACGGACGACAUCCAUGUAUUAUUUCAGAUACAUUUAUACCAAAUGAUACUUUAUUAGCAACUGAAAAUUUCGCUUCUUUCAUGAUUCUCACUGGACCAAAUAUGGGCGGUAAAUCAACAUUGAUGCGUCAGGUUGCCCUUCUCACUAUAAUGGCACAAAUUGGAAGUUAUGUUCCUGCAAGUUCCUGUCGUUUAACAUUAGUAGAUCGUAUUUUCACGAGAUUGGGAGCAAAUGACGAUAUUUUGGCUGGUCAGAGUACAUUCUUAGUAGAAUUAAGCGAAACUUCUGCAAUAUUACAGCAUGCUACACCAUAUUCUCUCGUAUUACUCGAUGAAUUAGGACGUGGUACAUCGACGUAUGAUGGUACGGCAAUUGCUGCUGCAGUUGUAAAUGCACUUACAAAAUUAAACUGUCGUACUUUAUUUUCGACGCAUUAUCAUUCUUUGGUAGAAGAUUAUAAAAAUAAUAAGAAAAUUACAUUAGCUCAUAUGGCAUGCAUGGUAGAAAAUGAGGAACAAGAUAAAGUAUCCCAAGAAACAGUAACAUUUUUAUACAAACUCGGCGAAGGAGCUUGUCCGAAAUCAUAUGGUUUCAACGCUGCCCGAUUAGGUGGUGUUCCAGCUGUAAUUACAAGUAGAGCACAUGAGAUUUCAAAGAAACUCGAAAAAGAAACAAAUCAAAAACAUUUCUUUACUACUUUGUGUAAAGCGAAUGGUUCAACUAUAAGGGAUCUAAUUGCUGCAAUGUGAAAAACUGUGAAAAAUGAGUAGAUAUUAAAUAUUUAUCAGCAUGUUUAAUUAACUUCAGUUACCCUACAGUAUUAUAUUUUUUAUAUAGUAUUCAUAAUGUAUAUUUAUUAUGGUUUGUUAUAGCUUACCAUUUUUUUUAUUUGAUAUUAUCAUAUAUUUUGAUAAUAAAAGAUU